GCCCGGCAGGGCCAUGACCCCCGCUGCGCUCUUUUACAGGCUCGUCGCCGCGGCCGCCCGCGCGGGUCUCCCGAUCCCGGGCCGCGGCUCCGCAGUGAGCCCUCAAGGAAGCGGCUUGCAGGGGUGCCGACAUGGGGCUUAAGCUGUCCUGCCUGAAAGGUUUUAAAAUGUGUGUCAGCAGCAGCAGCAGCCAUGAUGAGGCUCCCGUCCUGAACGACAAGCACCUGGACGUGCCCAACAUCAUCAUCACUCCCCCAACCCCCACAGGCAUGACGCUACCGAGAGACUCACGGAGGACAGUCUGGGUUGAUGAGACGGGGAUGAGCCCGGAUGACGGAGAAAUGGACCCCGAAGCUUGAGGAUGGGACAGAUGAUGGGGAUUUCUCCACACGUGCUCCUGGGCCCUCUAGUCGCCUCCGCUCCAGAUGUCCCUGUGGGGACACGGCUGCCUGGGACAGCUGUGCUGAGUACACACACGUGCACACGUGCUGGAUGCGGAGACGGCACUUCCGGGCCGAGGAGAGCAGCACUGGAGGUGUGGGGAGAUGAGCGAGGGAUCCCCCCUACCUGCUUCCAGAUCAGCGCUUCCGAGGCCCCGCUGAGUGGGAAAGAUCUCUAAUGCCUACGUUCCUGCUGACUCUGGUGUGGGAAGAGGGGAAGAUCCUUCCCUCCAGGCCUGGAGAUGGCGGGCAGAGUACAGGCCGAGGCUCUCCUCUGGAAUCACACCCCCAGCACCUUGUUUUCCCACAGCGUCAACACAAACUAGAACUUCUCGCAAGAGGAGCGGCUCAGUUUUUUACAAGUUGUUUUACAGAUAUUGAAACAGUCCAAAAGGGAUUUCUAAUUUCUUUUUUGCAUAUAAAUAAAGAUCCUCUGUAAUGAA